AUGGACCCGCGCCCGGUCUCAUCGGCCUCGAGCAGCAUGGUCCAAACACCCUCAAGUAAAGCCGAUCAGGUAGUACAUCGGGUCUACCUGAAGACGGUGGGCGUGCUGGCGGAAUCGCGGUUGACUCAGUCCGCUGGGGAGAAGGCGGGGGAGAGAAAGAAGGACAAAUGGUUCAACUUGAUCAUGCCAGAGUUUGACCUUCAUCGACAGGAUCUCCGCACGUACCAAUCCAUCUCGAGCUAUCCCUCCCCUCCUGAAGGAUCCUCCUCGGCUAUACCACCACUCCUUAUCGCCUUCAUACUCGAUACGAGCGAGCUACCGAGCGGACAAGCGCUUCUGUGGAACCGAGCGAGUGGAAGAGUGACGCUGAAUGCGGGACUGAACGGGAGUGGGAAAGCCAAGGAGAGGGAGACAGAUCUGAAGUCGGGCAUCGUACUCGAGCGAUGGACAUUCAAGGCAUCACUACCUACCUUCUCCGACCCAUCGUCUUCACAGCAGCCCGCGCCGCAGGCUUAUCGUCUCGGUAUCAUUCACUUUCGCGCCCUGUACGCCCUCGUCCGCCUCCUUCCCGCAUACCGCCUCUUCCGCCGGUUACGGCGGACCAAUACUGGCCUGAAGCUUGGCCUCAAGCUCUGGAGUCCAGAUGGCACGGGCGACGAUUCAGAGUCAAUCAGACAAGCAUGGGAGGUGAUGGAGCGGGGCCUAGUAGGGAUCGACGACGGCCUGGAAGAUCUGGCGUCCACACAAGCGUCAAGAGAGGAGGAGCGCAGAUCCUACACGCUUCCGCCGCUCGAGAUGUUCGGGCUGGAGUACUCCUUGGAGGUGGACUAUCGCUCCGAGGUGGACUUCCAUGUAGAGGACCUCGAGGCGGUCUUGAGCGGGAAGCUUGCUGGGAUGGAGGAUGACUUUCCGCCUACGGUCGGCAAACAUCGGGCGGAUGAUGAGACUCGCUCCCCGGCAUCCGCGUCGACCGGCUCGAGUAUCCCAACUGGACAUGAUCUCGAAAUGAGCGGUCUCGAGCGGCCAGAGCGGCGGCUCAGCGGUCCGGUCCCUGUACAAAGCGCUUCUUCCAAUCCCAGUCCGAUUCCCCUUCGGCAGGGUCCGGCUAGCGUCGGAUCAUUCAAGGGGACCUUAGGGAGACCGGCGAGCACGCGUGUACCCUCUGGGCUGGGCGCGGGCAAAGAGGGGAAUACGCCGGGUAGUAUCGGGAGAUGGGGAGCGUUGGGAGAGGGUCUGCCGUUUGCGCAGGGCGCUGUCUCAAGGAGUCCGGGCUACGUCGGUACUCCUGACCCUCAACCCAUUGCCACUGAUACUGCCCGGCGCCUCUCCGGCCACUCCAUUCACACCCCCUCGCAACCCUCAUGCCUACUCCGCCCAGGGAUCUCGUCACAGGCAUCUCUGCCCAUGCGUCCCUCGCUGAGUGGCUCCAAACCGUCUUCCAUUGGGCGCACCUCGUCCUUCUUGUCCCAGGCAGGCCGGUCGCAUACCCAUGCACAGCUAGCCACUAUCGGCCAGCGUAUCGCUCAACCUGUUCCCAUCUCCAGCUCCACGUCACCCCCCAUCCCCGGAACGACCUCCAAGAUGUCUAUACUAUCGAAUGACCCCGGCGCGGGAUCGGUGUCGCCCACAGGCUUCAGCUUCAGCAAGCAGCCCAUCCCCCGCAGCUUGACCGGCCGACCUCCCUUCGCUAGUCACACCUCCAGCCCCUUCGCACCGGGCAGCCUGGAGCGGAGCGCGGAUCCGAGCCAAUCAAGCUCCGUCCUUCCCGGCACGUCGAUGCCUCGGUACUCGUCCUACUCAGCACGCCGGGAUCGCCUGGCGGGCAGCCCUUCGGCUGUCGUCGGCUCCCAGGGCUCAAGCGGGGAGGGUACGAGCCAGCAAUCCAACCCGAGCAUGCUACGCCGAUCGUCCAUGCGGACAUCGUAUGAGGCGGGUCUCAAGCGUAGCCUGGAGAAUAGCGGGAGCGGCAGUGGAAGCGGAGGUGGAAGCGGAUUGGCGAGAAUUGUUGCGGAAGAUUCAGAGGACAUCCAGGCGUUCCUCAAAACGCUAGAUGCGCUACCUCAACCGCCAAGUAUGGCGGCGCAGGCGGUACAUACCAGUCGAUCCCACCUGCCCGGUACACCAUCUUCCCUAUCCAGUCCAACUCGUCCGGCAGUCUCCCCGCCACCAGCUGCAGGCAGCUCCGCGCGGGUCACCCCUCCGCCAGCGCGGACACCCACAACGAGAGCGCAAAUCGAUGCUCAACUACGUCAAAUGGCCGGCAACUUCCAGCAGAGCUCUGUCAUCGCCGAAAUUCCUGCUUCUAUCCGGCCUGCCCCAGUUGCGGUCGGCAGCACCAACUCGAUCGGUCUGCUCUCUGCCAGUCGUCCCUCCACUGCUUCUCGCGGUAUGUCUCAGCCCAUUCCUCCGAAUCCGGGUUUGUAUCGUCGGACCCCUUCCACUCCCGGUCCCAGUGCUGUCCACGGCGGCUCUCCCCUUGCCCGCGAUGCAAGCCAAGGGCCGGGCCUGCCGGUCAGAGUACUCGAUCCGCUACCGCACUCGGUCGUCCGGAAGCCAUCCGCCCGGUCACUGCCUGGCCCCAAUGCGAUCCAGCAACAACAGGAAGAAGAUGCAUCGCAACUACGCUCAGCCGGCAUCACUAUCCCUAGCAGUAACCUCAACCUCCUCUCUCCCCAAACUACGGGCGGAACAAACGAUACCGUCUCCACAUCUACUUCGGGUCGGUCUCGACGAGGUCGCGGACCCGUCCUCCUGCGUGGCGGCUUUGGCGAGCCCAAGUCCAGCGUAUCGAGCAGCCCCAGCCAUUCGCCCGUGCGCGACUUUGGCCGCCUGACUCUCGUCCAGCGCGAGAGGGAGCAGAGGGCCGUCCCCGGCGCUGGGGUAGGAUAUGGGGAGCGGCAGGCGGAAGAAGAGCUGGACUCGUGGAGUCGAUCAGCGGCUGGGAUGGGCAUGACAGCUGUUGGCGUGAGACAUGGGUAUACAGGCUAUACGGGACCUGGCGUAGUGCCGCAGGGGAAGACGGAGCAGGACAAGUCAAGGGCGAGAGUUGGAUUGGGCACGGCGCCGAGUAGCUAUGUCGGGGCUCGAGAGGAGGAUGGGGAAGACGCAAAGGCGAGGGAUGGUAGAGGGCGGCAGGGAAGGGUGAAGAGUGAUGGGGAGGAGGAGUAUCUGAGGGAGAGGUGA